GUGCUCAGUUCACAAAACGGAUCCAGACAAAAAUCAAGGACCUUUUGCAGCAAAUGGAGGAAGGACUAAAGACGGCAGAUCCACAUGACUGCUCUGCCUAUACUGGCUGGACCGGCAUUGCCCUUUUAUAUCUGCAACUGUACCGCAUCACGAAAAACCAGAGCCAUUUGCAGCGAUCUCUUGAUUAUGUGAAGAGAAUCCUUCGCAAUCUGAAUGGCAGAAGAGUUACUUUUCUCUGUGGCGAUGCUGGUCCCCUGGCAGUGGGUGCAGUGGUUUAUCACAAGCUGAAAAAUGAAAGUGAAUCUAAAGAAUGCGUUGCCAAGUUGUUGCAGCUCCAAAGGACAGUCAUAAGCACAGAUGCUGAACUUCCAGAUGAGCUGCUUUAUGGCAGAGCGGGUUACCUGUAUGCCUUGCUGUACCUGAAUACUGAAAUUGGUCCGGACACUGUCCCACAGUCUGUUAUCAAAGAGGUAAUAGACGCCAUUAUUGAGUCGGGGAAAAACUUUUCGAAGGAGGAACGUAAAACAGACCGCUGCCCUCUGUUGUACCAGUGGCAUAGGAAGCAGUAUGUCGGAGCGGCCCAUGGUGUGGCUGGGAUCUAUUACAUGCUAAUGCAGCCAGUCGCCAAUGUGGAUCAGGAGACCCUGACGGAGCUGGUGAAGCCAAGCAUUGACUAUGUGCGUCAUAAAAAAUUCAGAUCUGGGAAUUACCCAUCAUCACUGAGCAAUGAAACCGACAGGCUGGUUCAUUGGUGCCACGGUGCCCCCGGAGUCAUCCACAUGCUCAUGCAAGCUUAUAAGACCUUUAAAGAGGAUAAAUACUUGAAAGAUGCUAUGGAGUGUAGCGAUGUCAUCUGGCAGAGGGGUUUACUGAGAAAAGGAUACGGGAUUUGCCAUGGUACUGCUGGCAAUGGCUACUCCUUCUUAUCUCUCUAUAACCUAACUCAGGACAAAAAGUACCUCUACCGAGCUUGCAAGUUUGCUGAAUGGUGUUUGGAGUAUGGUGCACAUGGAUGUCGUAUUCCUGACCGACCUUAUUCUCUCUUUGAAGGGAUGGCUGGAGCUAUUCACUUCCUCUCGGAUAUUUCAGUACCGGAGACCGCCCAGUUUCCAGCAUUUGAACUUGGACCUCAAAGGAGGGAAAACAAAGUGGAACAGGAUAGCUAAAGGGAUCGUUUUUGAAAGGAAACUAUGCCAAAAGCGAUGAGACUGUUUAGUGCCUCCGAUACAGAACCAACUCGAUCCUAAGCCGACAGAUGGAUAAACCCCUUUUCCCACUCCCACCUGCCCCAAAGGACUAUGAAGUCACUAGAGCAUGGAUGAGAAGAAGCCACAUUUAAGUUCUGCUAAAGUGACACCUGCACAUGUAGGACAAGAGAAGUCAAGCUUGAACUUUCUUUUCUUGCGUUUGUCGUCUUCGGGUCUUUCACAUGUUCUGCAUGUUUAUUGCUGUUGUCUGUUGACAGAAGUCUUUUGUUGUAAGCAAAAAGCUGGUCUCUGUGCAAAUCUCAGUCCUGUCCCUUUGUGCAUGACUCACAACAGCAGUGUUGCUUUCUGCAGUAUGAUUAUCUGCAGCGUUCCACUUUAUGCCAGGUAGUCCAGUGUAAGACAGCGUCUGGCUUCACUGAUGAGCUGGUUACUUUAAAUGAGAAGAAGAACUUCAUGUUCAUGUUUCUGCAUUUUUCUCCACAGCCCCUAGAAGCUGAGGCAGUGGACAUCAGCCUUGUUUGAAGAAGUGGUAUGAGGUCAUCUCAGUUUUCAGGAAUUUACUAGGUUGGAAGGGACCUGUUGUUGUGGGGUGGGUUGGGUUGGGUUGGGUUUGGCUUGGUUUUUUUUUUUUGAGCAGAGCAGGAACAGCAAGUUAUGCUUCUCCUCUGUUUACUUGGAUUUGUAAUAAACCCAUCCUGCGUCAUAUAGUAUUAUAUAAAGAAGUAACGGGGAGGCAGGGCAGUUUCUCAUGGCUGGUAACUUGGGAUGACUGUCGCUCCCGAACCAAGGAAGUGAUUUGUUCUGUUUCUCCCCCCACCCCACCCCAGCCACACUGCAUUUAGCCCAGGUAGUGUGACAGGAGCAGUAAAUACCAGCUGCUCGCGGAGGUUGCCGAAUACUAAGGAGCAAUAUGUAAGCUGUUGCUAGAAAUUGUGAGUAAAGUUCACUUCAUCUUAAAUUCAAAGCAGAAGAGAAAAAUUCCUUUGCGCUUGUUCUGAACUGUGCUGUUAGUGCUUUGCUUUUUGUUGUAGUGUGGUGACGUACUAGCCCUUCCCUCUACUGGCAAGGUGUUAACUCAGUUCUGCCUCCAUGCUCUUGAUUUGGGAGGAGAAGCGGGACUUACGGCAAGAACACAGCAUAUUUACAUUUUCCAUAUAAUAAGUAUACUUAGUCUUUGAAAAAGGUAAGUUAGCAUUCUCUCGCUUGCUCAAGCUCUGUUGUCCUCUUCCCAGUCACCCCCCCCACCCCCAGCUCUCCCUGUGCUCUGUCAUUCCAGGUGCUUAUUUUAAUUGAUAUCUUAUAUUGGGUGUGAGCGUGGCAGAUGGCAGAGACUUUAUCUGACCUUUCAGGCGUGCACUGGGAUAUAUAUGACCUGUGAGCCAUCUGCUGAGCUCCAGUGUUUGUGGUCAGGCUUGGAAAUGCAUUGUGACUCCCGCACAAAUCUCUGAACGGCAGCAAGUGGCUUCCUUGAACUUUACAGUAUCUGUUGCCAAAUCCAGCCAGAUGUUAAUAAUCUCCUGAUUGAGUUCUGCUAGGCAAUAGAGGCAGAGCCAGUGCAGGGACAGCUUAAUGUCACAGCGUAGCGCCUGUGUUGAUGUGUCAGUAGGACUAAAGGGUGGGAGCAGCAGGAGGGAAUUUUUCACCCCUCUGGCAAAGAGCAGGAGAUGAGGCUCUGAACCCGGCUGCAACUAUACAGCCAAGCAAGAGACAAGAUGCUGAAAGGCAACAGGAAGGAGGAAAGCUGCCUGGAAAGCAGCUGUGGGGAAACAAACCUGAGCAGAGCGAGAGAGAAAGCAGAGGGAUUGGUGAGGAACUGGGAGAGCUGAUUCCAGGAUGUAGUAUGUAGAGCACACCAGUAGAGGCCACCUCAAAUGAGAUGUGUCUCCUUAGCAAGCUGCUAAGACCUAACUAUAUUUCUUUCUUUAUCCUGUGGAUCAUUGAUCCUGCCCGUAAAAUGUUCCAGUGAGAAAACUGGCCCAGAGUCAAGUCUUACAGCAAUCCUAACUAUAAAGGUCGAGAAUGGGGGAGGUAGACUGCAGCCUGCUCCUCUGUUUCAUGUUCUUUGUUUCUUUCCUCUCCUUUACAACUGCACAGCAAAUGAGAUGGCUAAACAGGGAAGUGUGUUUCCCUUGUGCCAGAGGGGAGCCUUCUCAGCAGAUCCCAAGCAUGUGCUGUACUGAUGGCAUAACCAGGGGGUCGACAGGACUUUUUUUCUUCUUUUUUUUUUCAUUCGGUGAUUAUAAGCUUUCUGGGCUGCUGAGCAUGAGUGGCAGCUGUGGGAGGUAAUUUUGGCUCGCUGGGGCCCAAUGAGAAGUAAAAUGUUGUUUAAAAAAAAAUUGUAUAGCUGUAUGUGCACACUUAGAACAGCUUAAUACUGAGCAGAUCUCUGAGGCACUUGAGUGCAGCAGUCAAAAUAAUGAGCAAGUCAGCUUUUAGCUUUCUAUAUGGUAGCCAGCCUUCUGCUGUGGUUAGGCCUCACACUGACUUCUUCCAGAGACUCGUGUUGGAAUUGAGCAAGACUGGAAACAUAAUGCAUAAAGUUAAGAUGCUCAGGACAGUGUGUCUGCCUUGUCUUCUUGACAUUACUUUCCCCAUGACUCCUGUUUUGUGUUUGUGACAGCCCUGUGAUGGCCAGGUGGCCCAUUAAGGAAAAAAAAAAAAAAAAGAUGUUGUGUGAAGGGGUGAAAAAAAAAUGCAUUUCACCAACACAUUUGAAAAUUUUGUUUUCAGAAAUCACAUCAAACUAAAAUGUGGAAAAAUGUCUUAAUCGUCCCUGGUUUGCCUUGUUCAUGUGUAAUAGUCCAUCUGUUGCAAAAAGCAGUAAGUGUUAAAAAUGGAGAUGCUCAUUGGGCAGAAAAAGAGGGAAAAAAAAAA